UAGCCCGCCCGCCCGCUCUCGCGCCUCCCUCGCGCCGGCCCUUCAGCGGGUGAUCAGCUGGUCUGCGCUCGCCUGACGUGGGCUGGGGCACGUCACCGCCGAAUGGCAGCCUCCAGAAAGCCACCGCGAGUAAGGGCGAAUCACCAGGAUUUUCAGCUGAGAAAUUUAAGAAUAAUUGAACCUAACGAGGUGACACACUUAGGAGACACAGGUGUGGAAACAGACAGCAGAAUGCCUCCAAAGGUGACUUCAGAGCUGCUUCGGCAGCUGAGACAAGCCAUGAGGAACUCUGAGUAUGUGACUGAACCGAUCCAGGCCUACAUCAUCCCAUCGGGAGAUGCUCAUCAGAGUGAGUAUAUUGCUCCCUGUGACUGUCGGCGGGCUUUUGUCUCUGGAUUCGAUGGCUCUGCGGGCACAGCCAUCAUCACAGAAGAGCAUGCAGCCAUGUGGACUGACGGGCGCUACUUUCUCCAGGCUGCCAAGCAAAUGGACAGCAACUGGACACUUAUGAAGAUGGGUCUGAAGGACACACCAACUCAGGAAGACUGGCUGGUGAGUGUGCUUCCUGAAGGAUCCAGGGUUGGUGUGGACCCCUUGAUCAUUCCUACAGAUUAUUGGAAGAAAAUGGCCAAAGUUCUGAGAAGUGCCGGCCACCACCUCAUUCCUGUCAAGGAGAACCUCGUUGACAAAAUCUGGACAGACCGUCCUGAGCGCCCUUGCAAGCCUCUCCUCACACUGGGCGUGGAUUACACAGGCAUUUCCUGGAAGGACAAGGUUGCAGACCUUCGGUUGAAAAUGGCUGAGAGGAACGUCAUGUGGUUUGUGGUCACUGCCUUGGAUGAGAUUGCGUGGCUAUUUAAUCUACGAGGAUCAGAUGUGGAGCACAAUCCAGUAUUUUUCUCCUACGCAAUCAUAGGACUAGAGACGAUCAUGCUCUUCAUUGAUGGUGACCGCAUAGACGCCCCCAGUGUGAAGGAGCACCUGCUUCUUGACUUGGGUCUGGAGGCCGAAUACAGGAUCCAGGUGCAUCCCUACAAGUCCAUCCUGAGCGAGCUCAAGGCCCUGUGUGCUGACCUCUCCCCAAGGGAGAAGGUGUGGGUCAGUGACAAGGCCAGCUAUGCUGUGAGCGAGACCAUCCCCAAGGACCACCGCUGCUGUAUGCCUUACACCCCCAUCUGCAUUGCCAAAGCUGUGAAGAAUUCAGCUGAGUCAGAAGGCAUGAGGCGGGCUCACAUUAAAGAUGCUGUUGCCCUCUGUGAACUCUUUAACUGGCUGGAGAAAGAGGUUCCCAAAGGUGGCGUGACAGAGAUCUCAGCUGCUGACAAAGCUGAGGAGUUUCGCAGGCAACAGGCAGACUUUGUGGACCUGAGCUUCCCAACAAUUUCCAGUACGGGACCCAACGGCGCCAUCAUUCACUACGCGCCAGUCCCUGAGACGAAUAGGACUUUGUCCCUGGAUGAGGUGUACCUCAUUGACUCGGGUGCUCAAUACAAGGAUGGCACCACAGAUGUGACGCGGACAAUGCAUUUUGGGACCCCUACAGCCUACGAGAAGGAAUGCUUCACAUAUGUCCUCAAGGGCCACAUAGCUGUGAGUGCAGCCGUUUUCCCGACUGGAACCAAAGGUCACCUUCUUGAUUCCUUCGCCCGUUCAGCUUUAUGGGAUUCAGGCCUAGAUUACUUGCACGGGACUGGACAUGGUGUUGGGUCUUUUUUGAAUGUCCACGAGGGUCCUUGCGGCAUCAGUUACAAAACAUUCUCUGAUGAGCCCUUGGAGGCAGGCAUGAUUGUCACUGAUGAGCCCGGGUAUUAUGAAGAUGGGGCUUUUGGAAUUCGCAUUGAGAAUGUUGUCCUUGUGGUUCCUGUGAAGACCAAGUAUAAUUUUAAUAACCGGGGAAGCCUGACCUUUGAACCUCUAACUUUGGUUCCAAUUCAGACCAAAAUGAUAGAUGUGGAUUCUCUUACAGACAAAGAGGAGCUGUGGAAUGGGAUUCUCCCAGCUAGAAGCCUCUUCUGCCUGUUCCAGCUCACAGGUGGGUGAUGAGAAAGGCCAUCCACUUGCUGCUUAGCUUUCCUCUGUGCUUGAGUGCCUCUGCUAAACCAUCCGUGCCUUUGGUUCAGCUAAACAUUCCCACUCACAGGACCCACAUGGGCCCUGCUGAUACCGGGUAGGUUAUGCAGCUUGUAGAUGGAUAUGGAAAAGGAAACUCAGCCUAUGAGCACAGUGUCCGGUGUGUCUCUUCAGCAGGAAGAGUCCUUCCAGUGUCCAGGGGCUCUUGUCCAGCCCCUCUGAGAGGAAAUGAGAACACAUAGGUGGGCAUGGGAGCCACCCUGCUUAGAAUCCCUCUGCCCCAUAGGAACCAGUGUCUCUUGUAAUGGCCCUUGGGCACAGCUUCCAGGGACUUAGCAAGGGGCUUUCCAGUAAUAAGUCAUUUCGCACUCUUGGAAGUCCAAGGCUAUGGAUUCCUGCCAGGUAAUUCUAGGUCAUGCAGUCCUUCCUGUCCACAUAAAGUGUACCCAUCAGGAGGCAUUUCUCCCAUAUGACAUUCCCCUUUAUCCAGGGAAGUAGUGUAUGAGGAAGUUUAAGCCAGGCGGUUUUUCCCUGAAGGAGAAUCAAUCUACUCCCAUGACACUGGACAUAGACCAGGUAUCUGUGUUACCCAGUGUUUCAUUGCUGCACCUUGCAUGCCCACAUCACUGAACUAUUCUUUCGGCCAGUUACUCUUUGUAGGGCAGAUAAUGUCUUCUUAAAAUAUGUGGCUUUUAAAAUAUCUGGUCAUUUGCCCUUUUACUGUUUAGCCGUUUUUUUGGAGUCACUUUAGGGAGUUUUUGGUUUGGGUCUGCAUCCUCAUCACUUAUCACCAGAUGGCAGCAAAGGACCUUGGUUGGAUAUGAAUAUGGCCAGCCGCAGACUGUCAGGGCCUUGUGCUGCUCCUCAGGCUCCGCCGAGGCUGUCCACACUCCCACUUUUCCCUCUCUGCUUCCAACCAAAAGGGCCUUGGGAGUUUGGCUGUGGCCCCAGGCUGACACCAGGAUGCUGCCAUUGCCUUACUGUUGAGCUGCUUUGGACAGUAGGCUGCUUUGUAGCCCUGCUGGCCUUGCUGUGGACACAUAGCAGUUUGCCUGCUUUUGACAUCCUCCCCUGCCCCCAUCACUUCCCUGACUCCCAGAAGGGGCUAGUAGGCUCUUCUCAGUAGGGAUUGGAACCCUGGCUGGGUCACAGCCAGUUGGUGACACCACCCUAUCUGUCUGCCCUCAGUCCCUUGUAAUUAAUGGGCUUGUGUGCCCAUCCUGACCCCAGCUGGGCUUUGGUACCUGGCUGGAUUGUAGUCCCUGAAACCAGUACUUUUGUAACAUCACUGCCCUCCAAAAUGGCCUUUGACUCAUUUAUGACAACCACAGCCAUGGCACUAUCAGUCUCAUCAGCUUCCAGACAGCUACCCCAUAGACAGUGAUGAGAGUGGCUUGUCCUCUUAGUAAAACGUGCUUCACUCCAGACUUCACCUUUUCUCCUGUACAACCAAGGGGGAGAGUUCACCGUUUUUCCUGCCUCAGAGCUUUUGCCAUCAUGUCUAGUGGAUCAGCCCCUGCCCAGGCACCAAGUCCUGCCAGCAGGUCCUUCCUUUCACUCUCCUUUUUUGUCUCCUGCUCUUGUGGCAUGUUGAGUUGAGAGUCUGAAAACUAAGUUUACUCCCAGCGCCAUUCUGCUGCACCACAGUCUUUAACUACCACAGGUUUUGGGUUCAUCUAGGCAGCUCACUCAAGACACUCACGGGCUUGGCUGAUCCUAGUUUUUUAUUCAACUUUUUCAGUGGAUAUAGGAUAUGUAGCCCAGUGUGUUGGCAGGACAGCUUCGGGUGUCUCUCUUAGUAGGAGUUCUCACAGAGUCCAGGGGCUAUUCCCCUACUUACCACCUCCCAGGAUGGCUCAGGUGUAAGGGAAUGAAGCCGCACAGAUGCGAGCAGGAGCUACUGGCUUAGAGACUGCUGUCUAUGAUAGUAAACUGUUCUGGGAGCCUUUUUCACCAGAAGCCAUGAAGUCUGGUCCUACGUAUUUCCAGGGAAACAGAACACAAGGAAAAUACUUACCUGUGAGUAAGGGGAAAGGGUGUUGCACACCUUUUCUCUCAGCUUGUGAUCUUAGCACAUGGGGGCCUUUGCUAUUGACCUGGGUAGCCAGUUGUUAAAGAUAUGGUGGUGAAUACUGUGUCUGUCCUUCUCUUCCCUGCAGUGUGACUGGCUCAACAAUUACCACCUGACCUGCAGGGAUGUGAUUGGGAAGGAAUUGCAGAAACAGGGCCGCCAGGAAGCUCUCGAGUGGCUCAUCAGAGAGACGCAACCCAUCUCCAAACAGCAUUAACACCUCCCUGGUUUUGUUCUUGCAAAAUGCUCUGGGGAAAGGAAGAAACGUGGCAGAUCCCUGACAUCUUUCCCCUUUCCUUUCCUUCUUCCCUACCUCCCCUUUUUACUUUAGACUUUAAGAAGAACAGAAAAUCUUCUUAUCCUCUUUGAUAUUUUAUUGCAAACACUCAGUCUUUUAUGAUUUUUUAAUUGUUGAGAACAAGCCACGAAUAAAAUUGCUGCACCAGAAGGAGGGUCCCUCCAAAGUUGAACACUUGGUGAAAGGGAGAUGCCCUGACUUCUUUGGCCGGUGAUGGGGAAUCAGUGAGUGCUCCAUGACGGUCAUGUUCCAGGUGCUAGUACAUCAUUCAUGAUCACCUUAAUGCUCAUGAGACUAUAUUUAUGAUCAGUGAAUAAAAAUGUCAAAACUUU